UGCCAACCUUUUGUUGUUUCCACUCACAACAAAACAAGUCACACAACCAUGGCCCAACGCGGUCGAUCAACGUCCCCCAAGCCGCUGACACCAAGCCCUCGUCGUGGAGAUGGCGACGUGUCCAUGUCGCCGCCACGCAACGGCAACGGCCCCGACCGCGGCGUCGCGAGCGGCAACGGCGCGUCCAACUUUCGUGUCAUUGUUGUCUCGGGCCUCAGCAAGAAUGUCCACACCGGCCACCUGGAGGAAAUCUUUGGCGAGUACGGAAAGGUGACUGGCCUCGACCUGCCCGUUUUCAAAGUUUCCGGUCUGAACCGUGGCAAGGCGGCAAUCGAGUUCGAGAGGCCAGCAUCAGCAGAAGAGGCCGUGCGCUGUAUGGAUGGCGGCAUCCUGGACGGCUCUGCCCUCAAGGUUCAAAUCUCCGAGCACCCGCUCCCGGCUCCUCGCCCUCCCACACCACCCCCUCGAGCUCGUUCGCCCGCUCCUCGCCGACGCUCUCGAUCGUUCUCGCGGUCACCAUCCCCCCGCAGGCGGUCACCUUCUCCUCGUCGCCGCUCGCCAUCACCCCGUCGCCGCGGCGGAGGCGGAGGCUACUCCUCCUACCGUCCUCCCCGCUCGCCCUCUCCUCGCCGUAGGGCACCUUCCCCGCGUGGCGGUGGUUUCCGCGAUCGCCCCCCACCUGCGUAUGGUCCUGGCGCGCGUGGUGGCGGUGGCUACGGUGGUGGGCCGCGUGGUGGUCCGUCGGGCCCUGGCGGCGGCGGCGGUCGUUUCCGCUCGCGUUCUCGGUCGCCCGGUCGUUUCCGUGGUGGACCUUCUGGACCUCGCGGUCCUCCUCGUCGCAGCCCGGACUAUGUUCGUGGUGGUCGCAACAGAAGCCGAAGCCCAGCUCGCCGUAAUAUCUCUCGUAGUCGGAGCCGCAGCCCCGUCCGCCGCCGUCGCUCUCGUUCGGGCACCCGAAGCCGCAGCCCGAGCCCUCGCCGGUCGCGCUCUCGUUCGAUUCCGCCCCGCCGUGGUGAUGUGAGCCCCAACAAGCGGGGACGUGACCGCAGUAUUGUUGAGGAAGCCGAAACCAACAUCCUUCGUCAUUCUCGGUCCCUCGCCAUCGGCGCGCCGCUGUCUGCACUCAGCACCCUCGUUCAAAAGGUCACGGCGAUCAACAGCAAGCAUGGACCAUUCGACGCCUGUCUCAUCGCCGGCGAUCUGUUCAAGGAGGACAGCGAUGGCUCCGAGCUCGACGGCGUCAGCUGGAAGCAUGCCUUCCCGAAGAGCGUCGAGGACAAGCUUGCCUCUACGCCCGAGCUAGCCCCCAACCUCGUCUUUAUCGGGAAGACCGGCGUCUUCACCACGGCCCAAGGCCUCAAGGUCGCUGUCGUUGGAGGAGCCUUCGACGAGGCAGCAUUCGACGCAGAUGACAAUACUGACCCCAAUUCACCCUUCAUCACCAAGACUUCCAUCGCCACCCUCCUCGCCAACCCCAUCAUCUCGCCUGAGGAGCAGACGUCGAGCCUCGAAGCGGCCAAGGAGCAGGCCUCAGCCCUUCCCUCUGCCUUCCAUGGCGUCGAUGUUCUCCUCACCACUUCGCCACCCCCGUCCCUCAGCUUGUUGUCGCCCUCCUUCCCCGGCCUCGGCUUCCAACUGGCGCCACCAGCCCCACCUCUCCUCGAGGUCGUCAAGAAGACUCGCCCACGCUACCUGUUGUGGGCUGAUGGACCUGGAUUCUGGGAGCGCGAGCCGUGGGGAUGGACUGGACCGAACGGCAAGGAGGAGCGAUGGACGAGGGCCAUCAAGCUGGGCGCUCUGGGUGCCCCUGCCGCGAGUGGCAAGCCUGCCAGGUGGUUCUACGCUACGACCUUACCGCCACAAACACCAACGACCCCGCUUCCAACUCGCCCGACGAACGCCACGCCUAACCCUCUGACGAUCUCGUCCAGCAGCAGUGGCAAGCGUGCGGCUCCCGAACACGAGGAAGCUGGUCAGGCGAAGAAGGCUCGAGGAGACGGCCCUCCUCCAGAGGACUACCUCUGCAAAAUCUGCCAGGUUCCCGGACACUGGAUCAAAGACUGCCCUCAGAAGGCCGCCCAGGACCCGUCGAAGCCUCCAGCCGGCUAUGUGUGCAAUAUCUGCAAAUCUGCGGACCACUUCAUCCGCGAGUGUCCCCAGCGCGAAGCUGAGCGGCAGCGGGGGUCGAAACCCCCACCCGCAGGAUAUGUGUGCCGUGCAUGUGGUGCCGAGGGCACUCACUUCAUUCGUGAUUGCCCCGUCGUCAAGGAGCGGGAUCAGGAGCGGUCAAGGAAGAAGGAACUGGGUCCUGAGGAGUGCUGGUUCUGCCUGAGUAACCCCAAGGUGACGAAGCACCUCAUCGUUGCCAUCGGCGCCGAGACUUAUGUCACUUUGCCCAAGGGACAGCUCAUCCCGACGGCAGGAGAGAAGCCUCUCGUCCCAGGUGGCGGGCAUGUUUUGAUCAUUCCCAUCGCACACCACCCCACGCUCCUGUCGAUUCCCGCCGCGGAUGCCAUGAACAUCGUGAGCGAGCUCGAGUCAUACAAGUCGGCUCUCCGCGCCUGCUACGCCAAGUAUGGUGCCGUCCCCGUGGUGUUCGAGGUCGGCCGAUUGGCCGGGAAGGGCGGCCAUGCCCAUGUCCAGAUUGUCCCCGUCCCAAAGGAGCUGGCGGACAAGGUUGCGGACGGGUUCAUCAAGGCUGGCGAGGCUAGCGGACUGGAUUGGGAAGCCGAGCCUGAGCGUGCCCUCGCGCGUGUUGGGCCCACCGGUAACUACUUCAAGGUUGAAUGCCCCGAUGGCCGCAAGCUGGUUCACCUGCUCAAGGGCAACUUUGACCUGCAAUUUGGACGCCUGGUGCUCAGCGGCCUGCUUGGCCUGCACCACCGUAUCAACUGGAAGGACACGGUGUUGUCCCAGGCCGAGGAGAAGGAGGACGCAGUCAAGUUCAAGAAGGCUCUGCAGCCUUUCCUUCCCCAGUAGUAAUGUAUGUCGCCGCGUAGCAGACACUGUGUACACAACAUGC